AUGGCUGACCGUAUCGAUCCCUGUCCAUGCAUACCAUGUGACAGCUCAUCACAUCCUCAGCGCAGACACGCAAACAACCACGGUCACUUAUUGACACAAUUGCCAGAAUCAGACAUUCGAGUGUUUGCCUGCUGCAAAUCGGUUUCACCUCCAAGCGUCUACCGCUUAACUAAUUCCAAACCCGAUUCUCUUUGGAAACGUGUCAAUGGUUCUGCUCUCCGUUUACAACUCAAAGAUCCACAAUACGAACAGCACACCAGUUCGCCAGACGAGACCGCGAUGACGUAUAAGUCAACACAACAGAUUGAUCGAAGUGUUAGAUCUUGUGUCACUCAUAUCCGAUGA